AUGUCAAACUACCGUGACCCCUGCUCGGCUAGUCUGAAUGAGGAUGACAACCACACGAUCAAGCUGGUCGGCAAUGCCAAGCGGAAUGCCAUUACAUUGGCCAAAACGUGCGAGAAUACCAACGAACUGCGCGAAUGCCGAGCUCCCAAAGAUUGGUCCAUUCUGGCGCUGCAAAACUCUCGAACCGGAAAAUCCCACUACCUGGUGAUCUGCAAGUGUCCGCAACACUUCCGGCUUGAGGGUCCACUGGCCCACGACCAACCGACGUAUGCCGGACUGCCUGGAAUCAACGUGUACGGUAUGCUGUGCGUCCCACCGGAACCGAUUGCAGCCCCCAAGCCCCUGAAAACGCCCAGCUCAUCGUCAAUCUAUAACAAGUGGAAGGUCCGGCCAGCGUUACCUUCGUCGUCCUACCGGGACACCGAGUAUCGAUCGUUCCCGAACGGAACAUCCGUGACGGCAACGGCUGAGAAAUAAUAGCGAAAGCUAAUCACCACCCCCAACAGUAGAUCACCGUUAAAGUAUAGAAGUAACAGAAAACAACAAAUACUCCCCCUUCACGACUAAACUAGCUUCAUUCUCGACAGCCAAAACGAUUAGUCUACACGAUUAGUAUUUAUUUUUUGUAUUUAUUAAACGAAUUAUUUAUUUUUAUUUACUACGGAAGAGCAGGACUUCAUGUUGGAAUUUGUUAUAUUUCUGAAAAUGUGUACGUCUCGGUCGAAUAUUGCCACAGAAGUAUGUUGAAAGCCUUCUAGUUUUACGAGAGAAAAAAAUAGCAUCGCUAUAACCUCGGAAACCGCUACGAAUGUCGCAGAUAUUUGUACUGCUUUCCAGUCAAACACUAUAAUUACAUUUUAAAGCAAGAUCUUAAUUAGUCAUCUUCUUCGUGCACGCAGUAGUGAGUCGCCCUUUUCUUUGUUUUGCCCUCACUAUGCACCCAGAAACGCAAGACGAUGAUUAAUUAACAGACAAUCUUUUUAACUCCCCCCCCCCCCUUUGUUAUUAGUUUUAGGAGGAAAACUUAUCUUACAGACAGGCACGUGGAAACAAAAAAAAGAGACGCGACAAAAAAUAUGCACCCCAAUAAACAUAGGUAAUUGUUUGCAUCUUCUUUCCACCUUCACCGACUUCGGCCGGUGAUGGCUGGCUGGCACAAGUAGGCCUUGCAUGAUCACGCACAGACAUAUCCACGCAACGACGCGUUCAUUGUGUUCCCGUUCCCAUUGCUCUCUUGUCGGUCGAAAAUCGCAGCGCCAUCUGUGCAAGAUCCCUCACACAGAUAAACACACACGGCUGCCAAUGAAAGUAAUUCGCACACGUGCUCCACCCUAUCCGGCCACGGUUGCCACUUUCCGGUGAGCAUUUCCAACUCACUUUCCGGAAAAUUGGCUUCACCACACGUGUGGAGGUGGAAAAAAAACAGAGCAACAGGAAAAUGGAAACAAUAAAGAAAACGAGAGUCACUUACAAACGCACAAACCUAUACGCAUGCACACAAGCGCCGUCGUUGGCAAAUAAUUACGUUAUUAUGGAAGGGCUUAGCUUCGUUUUACAUUAUUUUCACUUCGUAUUAGUCGUAUAGUAGGUACCAAACAGACGAAAAAAUUGCUGAGAGCUGAAGACGAGCGAUGAAUCGUUGAAUCAUUUUAAACGGGAUAGAAAGUGCGUUGCAGUUACAGUUACAGCAUUACCCACCUCGAUAUAAAUGACGCUGACUGCCAGCAGAGUGCAGCACUGAGCUAAAUUGAGCACUAUUCAUAAAAACUAGCUUAAAACAAACGGAAAAAUACUCCAAUUUAGCAAACAUAUCCAGAGGAGUGUAGCAAAACUAUUGUCGAUUUAAGUCCGGAGCCUAUUACACGAAUAGAAGCCACAAAUUAAAUGCCGUUGCGGUUUUAAAAAAGAAAACUUUCGAUCCCGACUUCCACUAUGUAGCAACGAGUGGCUCAGAAAAUUUGUACAAUUUCCAAAAUUGAUAAAUUGAUGUAUUUGUUUCAUUGGGUGUCUUCCUCGAGCUCUCAUAUGGUAAGAAAAAAAUAAUAUAACAGCCAUGCUAAAAACUUCCGUCGUGUAAAAGGAAACGAAAAACGAAAGAAAAUUUAGUGAUUUACUUUUAUUUUCUUGUCUAGGCGAGUAAUUAAAGUUCGUUUUCGCAUGGAACUGGAAAAGAGAAAAAAAAACUGUUGUAAAUAUGCUUCCUACUAGAUCUUUCUCUGUCGCACAACGCAUCGGACUCUCGCUUUCGAUAAAUUAUAUACAACAACAACAAAAAAAACUAAAUCGAAAGUAAUAAUGCUUUGUCGACAACAAUUGUAUUUUUUAUUAAAUUUUAAAUAUUUAUAAUUAACGAUAAUAAUUCUAUACUCUCCUAGAUCGCAAUUAUAAUAAUCCUAUAAUUACGGAAGCCGCAACGAAAAAAAAAAAACAAACUUUAGGGAGUGAUUGCAUAGCCUUUCUUUUCUGAGAAAGACCAACAUCCAAUUAACAGUAGCAAAAUUCCGAGUCAGGAGAAAACAAUAAAGC